GAGGAGGAGGAGGAGGGAGCUGAAGCAGGAAGGAAGGCAGGCAGAGAGGGAAGGGAGGCAGGCUGUGAAUGCUAACAAGCCCCGUCGUAAUCAUACAGCUCCGUAGGUAGGCUUUGAUAAAAAAAAAAAAAACGGUCUUGCAAUGGAGAGGAACGACGACCACUAUUAAACACCUACUAUGCGCCAGUGCCGCGUUCGCCCUGUGCGCGUGCAGCAGCCUCACCGUCGUCGGCACGUUUGAUCAGAAAAAACCGUCUUUUUCCGCUGAGUGAAAUGUAUCGCGACUGCUCGGGAUUCACAUUCUGACAAUGGAGAUUGAAAAUAUCGUGGCCAACACGGUUCUCCUGAAGGCAAGGGAAGGUGGAGGAGGGAAGAGGAAUGGUCGCAGUAAGAAAUGGAAGGAGAUGCUGAAACUCCCCCAUAUCAGCCAGUGUGAGGAGCUACGCCGCAUUAUUGAGAGGGACUACACCAGUCUAUGUGAGAAGCAGCCCAUUGGUCGGCUGUUAUUCCGUCAGUACUGUGACACCAGGCCAGAACUGAAGCGCUGCAUUGAGUUUAUGGACGCUGUGGCCAUGUACCAGCUAGCUCCUGACGAGAAGAGGAGGGACUGUGGACUGAAUGUUUUAGACACAUACUUUAAUAAUGGGUCGGCAGCCCAUCUGCCAGACGUACCCCAGGAUGUGGUAGCUGGGUGUCGGGAGAGGCUGGAGCAGAGUCCGUGUAAGGAGCUCUUCAAUGACUGCACCAAAAUAGUUCGUGAUUAUUUGAGUGGAGCUCCAUUUUCCUCCUACCAGGAGUCCAUGUACUUCUCUCGCUUCCUGCAGUGGAAAUGGUUGGAGAGGCAACCAGUAACCAAAAAUACCUUCAGACAUUAUAGAGUACUAGGAAAAGGUGGAUUUGGCGAGGUUUGUGCCUGCCAAGUACGUGCCACCGGUAAGAUGUACGCCUGUAAAAAGCUGGAAAAGAAACGAGUGAAGAAAAGAAAAGGUGAAGCAAUGGCACUAAACGAAAAACGCAUUUUAGAAAAAGUUAACAGUAGUUUUGUAGUUAGUCUAGCAUAUGCCUAUGAGACCAAGGAUGCGCUGUGCCUGGUAUUGACCAUAAUGAAUGGCGGCGACUUAAAGUUCCACAUCUACAACAUGGGCAACUCGGGCUUCGAUGAGCAGAGGGCCAUCUUCUACGCUGCUGAGAUCUGCUGUGGCCUUGAGGACCUGCACCGUGAGAGGAUAGUCUACAGGGAUUUGAAACCUGAAAACAUCCUUCUGGAUGAUCGUGGACACAUCCGAAUUUCAGACUUGGGUCUUGCUGUUCAAAUCCCUGAAGGAGAGACGAUACGAGGGAGAGUGGGCACUGUUGGAUACAUGGCUCCUGAGGUGAUCCAGAACGAGAGCUACACCGUCAGCCCGGACUGGUGGGGGCUGGGCUGCCUUAUCUUUGAGAUGAUACAGGGUCAGUCGCCCUUCCGCAAGCGCAAGGAGCGUGUCAAGCGGGAGGAGGUGGACAGACGUGUGCGUGAGGACCAGGAGGAGUACUCUGAUAAGUUCUCAGAGGAGGCGAAGGACAUCUGCAGACAGCCUCGGGCCGUAUACUGUAAAGACGUCCUGGACAUCGAGCAGUUCUCCACUGUCAAAGGCGUGAACCUUGACCCCACAGACGACGACUUCUACCACAAGUUUGUCACAGGCAGUGUCUCCAUCCCGUGGCAGAACGAGAUGAUUGAGAUGGAGUGCUUCAAAGAAAUUAAUGUCUAUGAGACUGAUGGGACGCUGUGCUCAGACCUGGACAUGAACCGGCCUAACCCUCCACCAAAGAGAGGCUUCUUCUACCGCCUGUUCAGAAGAGAGGUCUGUUUUAAGAGCGGUUACAGUGACGAUGAGAUCGAAGAGCCCUCGCGACUUUAAACCACUCCCUCCACCUGCCUCCUCCUCCCCCCUCGCCGCUGAACUUCACCACAAACUCCAACCGAGCGCAAAUCUUAGGAACUCAGUGAAUGUUGACCUGUAUUUAUGAGCUGUAUUAAAAGUGUAUUAUAAUUAAAGAAAAAAGUAUGAGUUUAAAGAUUUUGUACAUUUGUACUUGAAUUUAUGUCUAGAUGUAUAUUUUCACUAAAGGUUGUAUUGUACAAAAAGCCAUAAAAGUACCACUUGAAUGCAUACAUUACAUUUUUAUUUCCUGUUUAUUUUCUUUUGGAAUGAGUAUGGAUAAUGUGUAUUGGGGAGUUUUUUUAAGAAGCACAGUACCAGUAGUCUUUUUAUUUUCUCAAUGUAGCAUAAGGCCUUUUUUUGUUUUUAAAUGUGCUGUAUGUUUUUCAUUUGGCCAACGUGACGCGUUGUUAGCACGUCAGAUCCACCCGGUCCCACGCUAACCAUUGGCCUCCGCACCCCUCAAGGCUCAGGUAGAUCUGAAUGAAGUGCAUAGAUCCAAUUGAGAUUGGGGAGAAAUAAAUCCAGUCUAACAUUGCUGGGUUGAUGCCAUGCUGCUUAAGCCUUCCCAAUAUUUUCCCCAAAUCUCCACCUGCUCCUUUGAUUUUAGUUGGUUUGGAAGCGAUAAUCCCCAUCCUUCCCUCGGCCCAGUUAGGCAUGUUGCACUGGACUGGAUGGCAUGUGUAGUAAACCGUGUUUUAGGUGCCUGUACCAACUCGAUUCUAGCAAAGAUGGCAUGGAUUUAUUUUCUGACAAUCUAUCAAUCUGACAAGUCAGCAUGUGCAACAAUAAGAAUCUAUUAAAUUACAAAGGAAAUAUUACAGAGGCUUUUUUCCUCGUAAUACAAGGCCUGAUAAUAAUCAUUCCAGGAGAUGCCGGACAGUGUUUCCUUCGGGAUCGCAGCUGUUAAGUCAAAGUCUGUUACAUGAAUCACUCAGGCAAAACUAUUUUUGGUAUUUAUUCCUCAUCCUAUUUUUUUUUUUCCUUGGCUUCUUUUGUUGUACUACCUGGCUUUUCUUUCUUUCUUUUUGUUUUUUUCCUGACGUGUCCAGUUAUUAUGAACCAUGUGUGGGGUGGAAGUCCUUUCCCUCGAAAACUAUCCUAGUAAUUUGCCACCCAUGUUUUUAGUAUAACAGAAAGUGUAGGACAGGUUGACUGGAGAAUGAGUUGGAACACAGAGACUGAUGGGGAUGAUGGGACUAUAUCAGAGAUCUGACCUGCAGCUGACAAGGGCUUCAUCUAAAAAACAAAUUGCUGUUGCAUCAAACUAACUUCCAUUGAUUUGGCUGUCAGCAGCGAUUAGCCUCUGCGCAAGAUACAGCCUGCUUUGGCCUCUGUGCCUGUUGAUCACAGAUAGCACGGUGCCUGUCGGCCACUUAUCCUACUAGUAGACCUCCAGUUAGAUGCUGUGGCUUUAGCUGUGUUUGUACUAGAUGAAAAAUUCGAUUUCUUAACCUUAAUAGCGCUCACCUUUUAAAUAUUCCAUUUAAAUAUGUUGUUCUCAUAGGAAUGACUUGGGACAGUUGCUUGUGUGUGUGUGUGUGUGUGUGUGUGUAUGUGUAUGUGUGUGUAGAGGGGGAGGAACAUGUUUAAACUCCUACCUGCAGAUUUACCAUCAUCUGUGUACAGGAACACUCGACCACUUGCAGAAACACAGUCGUUGUGCACUUUUGUUUCAUUGUAGAAGAAGUGUUUCCUUCCGGGUUAACCGAUCAUGAACAAAUACAUUUUUCUGUACAUUUCCCAGCGUGUUCUAAUCAGGAUCCACUAUGUCCACUAUGUGUGUUUGUUCUCAUUGGCAUUUCAGAGGCAUUUGAAGCCAUUUUGCUUUUGAAUUUUGCUUUUGAGGCAGUUGCUGUUUACUCCCCACCACCUGUUUUAAUGCUGUGAAUACUCAAAUCUGGACAUGUCUGCUUUGUGUGUGCGAGUGUAUAUUACGCUGUAUGCAAAUGCAGCUUUUGUUCAAUCUAACGCAUUACAACAGUACAAUAGUUCAAAAUGACAUCGGGACUUGAAUGUCACUCAGUUGAAUUUCAAACUAUUCGAGACUUCUUACCUUUGAAAUGGUACGCAUAUAAUACCCCUUUUUGGUAACUAAUUUGUUGGCCCAUUCUAAAAAAAUGUUGUACCCUGUUGCACAUUCCAUUAUCAAAAAUCAGGAAUCGAACGUGUGCUGUUGCUGGCUUGUCAUCACUUGAGUUUCUGAGUGUCUUUUUUGUUAUUUUUUUGUUGCUCUCAGGCACAUUUUGAAGCUGAUUUCUCUUGCCUAUGUAGAUUUUAGCCUCUUAGCUCUUUAGCCUCAAAAACCUUGUAAAUGAUGUAUUUCUAACAUGUAACUAAGCUCUAACACACAUUCACUCACUCUCACAGGGAAACUUACUGUGUUUGCCACCCAUGCCUCUGUCAUUGUUUGAACUUUACUCUUAUACCAUCCAUAUAGCAGUAAAGAGAUAUCUGUUUAGUUUCAUUGCACUAUGGUGUGUUUGACAAUGACUAUAGGAAGUGUCUUUAACUUUUUGCCAAUGAUACCAAAAGCAACAUUAAGUAAAUCCAACUUGUUUUGUUAUCUGAAAAAUUGACUGAAGAAAGACUGUCAGCCUUUAUUGUAUGUGCCAAUUACCAACUUAAGUUCUGACAUCCCGCCUUUUUUUCAACCUUUCAACCAUUCCGUCCAUUCUGAGAGAAAUUCCUUCACAUAGAGGAACUUUAAACAGCUCAACAGUUUUGAAUGUCCGCACUAAGUGCAUUGUAAUGCCUGUUUUAAAAAAUACAUAUGUUUUAUUACUCAAGCAUGUAUCGGUUUGUAAUACUUCAGGUUCCUUGUAUAUGUAAAUGAUGACCUUCUAGUGCCAACAUAUCUCACUGGUAUCUGAGGACAACUUUAUAAAUGGCAAGGUGACCAGCUGAGUUGGCCCCGUUUGAAUACAUGACAAGCAUUCCUUCUCUCUUGCCUUCCUCUGAGGCGGUGAUGGUGAGUCUCCCCCUGAACACGGGGGAUGUCGCUCACCAGCAACGUGUAGAAGCAAGAGAUCCUCAGUUCCUUGAUGUCACUCGAGUCUAGUUUUGGGAUAAAUGCUUGGAGGUUCUCGGGUUUCACAGUCCUCUGUCCAGAUAUGUCAGAUAAAUUAUAUUUUCAAGAAAGGGGGAAAUAACAAAUGCAUUAUUGGUAUUCAAACGGGGCCUGGGACUUCUUGAUUUUUCUUCUUUUUUUGUAUCUGUACAGUCAUGUCGUUCAACCACUGCAGUCAUUGUUAAUUCUUGUACAAGUUGUAUCACUGGUUGUUGUACCAUAUCUGACAUUUGUAAUUAUGAAAUAAUACACUGCCAU